AUGAAAAGAAAUCCACACGGGGAAAUUGAGGAAAUUGAAGAAGAAUAUGACUAUAUUAAUGUUCCAGCCUGGACUGUGGAUAAAGUGGCAGCCCCUCAAGUCACUUCUGAAAGCAACGCCAAGCUGACGGCAGAAAACCAGCAGCUGGAAAUACGGAUGCAGCAUCUGAACUCGACUCUACUGGCUGCACAUGAAAACUUGGGGAGGUACUGCAACAAUCUGACCGUCCAGUCUGAUCUCCUGAAACACAACUGUACUGUCUUAGAAAGCAAGAUCAAAGACCUGACUGCAGUGAACCAGCAGCUGGAGACACAGAGGAACAACUUAACAGAACAAGUACAAAAAGUGGAGACAAACUGGAAUAAACUCAACAUCAGCCGAGCUCAGUGGAGCAUUGAUGCCUACUGCCCCAGAGAAAAUAACGUUUCAGUGAGACAGUGUAAAGCUUGUCAGGAGGGCUGGAGACUCAACCAGUCCACCUGCUAUGUGGUUCAUGAUGCUGUUUCUACUUCUGGUCAUAACACCUGGGAAGAAGCUCGAGAAGUAUGCAGAAGAGAAAGUUCAGAUUUCGUCGUUGUACAUAAUCAAGAGGAACAGUAUGCACUCAAUUAUUACAGCUGGUUCAGUACAUCAACCAUUGGAUACUGGUUUGGCCUGAGAUCUGAAGGUGGGAGAUGGAAGUGGAUUGAUGGAAGUGAUCUGACUGUAAGCUACUGGAUACAACAACCACGCUACAGGGUACCACAACACUACUGGACACAACAACCACCUCCUCCUACUGAUGGUCAGUGUGCACUGUCUGUCCAGAACGUAGGAUGGAGAUCAGUGAGCUGUGCUGAGAAACAAAGAUGGAUCUGCAAAAAGAAGGCUUUAUCUGUUUAAACACUGCAGUCAGACUUGAGAAGAUUACUGGAUACUCUGCAUGAUAAUAUUAACUGGCUUAUAAAUAUCAAAC